AUCGCCCCAACCGGCAACCGCCCCUCGCCGACUCCGACGGGAAGCCCGUUGCCGAGUGGCGAGUGGCGACCCAGUCCUCAUCCUCCCCUCCCCUUCCUCCUUCUAUAAAUCCCGUUCCUCCCAGGAAGGCUCUGCAACGAUCCAAUCCAGCCUCGCCGCCUCACCCCAGCAUUCCCUUCCACCUCCACCUCGCCGGAAUCCCGAAUCCACCUCAACCUCCCAUGGGUUCGCAGGCCAUCGAGGCGCACCGCGCGGGCGCGGAGGUGUACACCGGCGCGGCGCUAUGCGCCGAGAAGUCGACGGAGCUACUGUCAGAGGUGCACCUCCCGCUAGGCCUGCUGCCGCUGGCGGACAUGGAGGAGGUGGGCUACAACCGCGCCACGGGCUUCGUGUGGCUGCGCCAGAAGAAGGCGCUCACGCACACGUUCCGGCAGAUCGGCCGCCAGGUGUCGUACGCCGCCGAGGUCACCGCCUUCGUCGAGGACCGGAGGAUGAAACGCAUGACGGGCGUCAAGACCAAGGAGCUCCUCAUCUGGGUCACCCUCUCCGACAUGUUCCUCGACAAGGACGACCAGUCCAAGAUCACCUUCAAGACGCCCACUGGACUCGGUAGGACCUUCCCCGUCUCCGCCUUCGCCAAGGAAGGUGACGCCGCGGCCAAGCCCAAGGACGCCUCCUCCGCCGCCAACGGUAACAAGGAGGCCGUCGCCGCCGGUAAGGCUGCUGCCAGCAAGUGAGGUGGCGGCGGCGUCCGGACUCCGGAGCUUUUACCUGUGGUUGUACUGUAGUAGCCGUAAUUGCUAAUACCUGUUCUGUCUCCUGAAUAAUGAUGUUGUACCCCUGCUACCUGCUUGAAUUUACUACACUAUGUUUUUUAUGAAUGGAAACGAGUAUCCAUCCAUCCUUGCAA